AUGUUGAUCAACUUAUCCUCCCUGCUGACUUCGUCGUCUUGGAUAUGGAGGAAGCUGAAAUUUCGGGUCGUGAACUCCCUCUCAUCCUAUUGUAGACCCUUCAUGGCCACUGCAGGGUCGAAAAGGCCCUUGGAUCCUUAUGAUUGUUUUCACGUCGAAGUUGUGGAUCAAAUUAUAGAGAAGACAUUCAUUGAAUCAAACCGCACAGAUCCUAUAGAGAAUAUUGAUACUUUGACGGCACAAACCAAGACUAUUGAGGUGAUGUACCAUGAUGAUCCCCCAGAUAUGUGA